AUGGCUUCCAAGAUCCUAUGCACACGUUCAUUGGCUCGAACAAUACCACGCCGCGCACAUCACCUCGUCCUCGACUCGUGCGCCCCAAGUACCAAAUGCGCAUUACGCUCACGCCGACACCAAAGCACAUCCCCACAAACCUCGCAUACACCACCCCCACCCGCAACCUCCAACACGCCCAUCUCCCCCUCCUCACCACAAGUCUCCCAAGAUGCAUCCUCCCAAACCUCCAAGCCCAUCCGCCCCCUCUCCCGCGAACAACGCGCCUUCCUCUCCUCCGCCCUGCGCGUAAACCAAACCGGCGAACUCGCCGCUAUCCUCAUCUACGCCGCGCAAAACCCCGUCAUCGUGCGGUCGCACCCGCACCUCCGGCCCUUGAUGAAGCACAUGUACGACCAAGAAGCGGGCCACUACAAGUACUUCAACGAAGUGCUAAGCAAGCACCGAAUACGCCCGACAGCCAUGACGCCCGUGUGGACCGCCGCGGCGAGUUUUCUCGGGUGGAGCACGGCGGUGCUGGGGCGUGAGGCGGCAAUGGCCUGUACAGAAGCUGUCGAGACGGAGAUUGGGACGCAUUAUAAUGAGCAGGUGAGGGUGUUGUUGGAUUGGGCGAGGAAGUGUGAGGAACGUGGGGAGAGUUUGGGGCCAGAGUUGGAGGCGUUGAUGGGGCAGAUGAGGAGGAUUAGGGAUGAGGAGCUGGAGCAUUUGGAUCAUGCAGUGGAGAAUGAUGCGAAGCAGGCGAAGCCGUAUGAGUUGUUGACUGAGGUGAUACGAGGGGGGUGUAGGGGGGCGAUUUGGAACUUUGUAAACUUGUAUGAUGACGAUAAUGGUAUAUGGCAAAGCCGACUGGCGCUGCAUGAUGCCUCUGGCAUUCUAUAUCCAGAAUGA